UUGCAUGGGACUUUUUGGUGGGAACGCGAGGAGUGAAGUUGUGUGCUUUGUUUUAUUUUGUCUAUUUGGUGUUUCUUCCGGUUUAAAUGUGUUAUGACGGUGGUUUAUUAACUGUUUAAUAUCUGUGAAAGUGCACAAAUGUGGGAAAACGAAACAAAGCCGCUGGGCGUAACUUCUCGGGAUCCUCCAAAAAGUCCACUGAAAAAGUCUCAGUAAAUGACCACCAUUUUAUUGAGAUUACAUUUCAUCCCAUAUCAUCUCAUCUCACUCACAUUUAAUUUCAUCCCAGUUGAUUAACGUCUCAAAUUAAUCAUCUUCAUUUCAUUUCAUAUUAUCAUUUUUCAUAAAAAUUAGAAUAUAAAUUAAAAUAAGACAUGACUUAAAGGUCUUAGUAACCAGGUCAUAAAAUCCUUUAAAAAAAAAGCAUUUUGCAUAGUUCUUCAGCAGAACCUGCAGAACGAAUAUGCGUUGGAGAGACGAAGUAACUUUAAAAUUCGUUAAAUUGUAUCUAAACCACGAAUGUUUAUGGAACCCUUCACAUUCGAAAUAUAAAAUUCAAUAUGAAAGGGAAAAAGCAUACGAAAAGUUAUCGCAAGACUUUAAGGCUGCCACUAAGAUACAUUUAAACAAAUCUUAUGUAAAAAAUAAAAUCCGCAACCUCCGAACAACUUAUACUCAACAAGUACACAAAAUAUUAAUUAAAUCUAACCCAGACAAAAUUUAUGAACCAUCUCUCAGUUGGUUCCCCGACAUGGAUCGCUGCUUAAAAAAUAUCUCUGGAUGUCGAAAUGCUAAUACUACAAGUCCUCCAGAGGUAGACUCAUCUUGUCAAGAAUGGACUGAAAAAGAGCACAACGGCAAAGAUGAUGAACUGCAUCCUAACCAGCUGAUAUCUGAAAAUGAUGAUGAUUAUAUGGAGCAAAAUAUUAUAUCUGAAGAUCCACAUGUGAAACUAGAGAGCAGCUCACCUGUAGACAAAUGUUAUAAAAAAAACAAAAAGAAAAAAAAUAAAAGAAAAUCUUCAAACUCUACUGACUCUAUUUAUGAAUGUUUGAAUAAAGAUGAUGAGUUUGACGUGUAUGGUAAACAUGUAGCAAAUCAGCUGCGGAACAUGAACCUCCACAGUGCUCUUAAAUUACAGCUAGAUAUACAAAACCUCAUCAGUGAAACUCGACUUGCUGAGCUGAAUGAUAAUUAAAAUCACCCACAGUAUUAAUUAAAACCAAAGAAAAAAAUACAUGAAUGGAUGGCUGAAGACACGCAUUAAAUUAACAUUGUCCAACAAAUUUUCAAGAUUUGUUGAUUUUUUAAAUACACUCAUUUCUCUAGAAACUAAAUAUGGUAAGAGUUAGACUUACUAAUAAUAAUAAUAAUAAUUUAUUCAAUGAUCAAGAAAACUCCCAAUAAGUAUUGUGAACAAAAAAAACUAUUAUUUACUUUUCCCAAUAAUGAAAAAGAGGAUACAUUCCAAACUAAACAGUGACUAGCUUUUUGUGAACCAUUUGAAAUGAAAGGCCUAUAAAGCGAAUCAGUGUGAAUGAUAAAUAUUUGAAUACUUUCCUAGUACUAGUAAUAUAUUAUGUAGGUAUAUCACAAUAUACAUGUAUUAGAAUAGAUUAUCAUUAAGCUUCAAAAAAUUUACAUAAUUAAGUAUUGAAAUAAAGAUAAAAUAAAUCAUGUUCUUCUAAGAAAGUUAAUUUUAGUAAUUUAAUUUAUGUAAGUUGUUUCAGGUCACAGAAAUUUUCGAACUACAUCAUUGGUUUCAUCUUUUAAUAUUAUUAUCACUUUACAAAUUCUUCUAUAUAAUAGCUAAGCCAAUAGCUGAGGGUGGUUGGACUACCUGUGCAGGCCCACCAGUGAAAGAUAAAAUGUUUAUUAUUACUCCAUGAUAUGAUAGCUCUGGUCUCUUAAUUUUUCUUUUCCUAAUAACUUAAUAGACAGGGUACCAUAGCAACUAUUAGGUCCUUACAUAUGAAAUAGGCGUUUUGUACAGGAUCCCGAGAAUGAUAUUGUUACGCCGGUCAGAGUAACGCCAUCUAUCGCCGAAUAGUCGAACGAAUAUCGAAGGAUCUAGUAGAAUCUAGAACGCUCGAGAAGUACAACGUCAUUUAUUGUCAGAUAGCGGAAAUAAUACUCGACUUGUGUGGAAUAUUCUCGAUAAUUAUAGGGAUAUGGUAUCGGCUAUAAAAGCGUUACAGAGAUUUACUGGCACGCAGUCGGUCAGUAGUCGGAACUACUCGAAGCGAAACAACGAACGGAUCACCUUUAGCGAAGCGGAAGAAGUGAACUGAGAAUUUUAAAGUAUUUGUGAAGUGUUCUAAGUGAUAAAUACAGUGUUAACGUGUAA